UCGUCGUGAAGGAAUCGAUUUGUAAAGCGCCUUACGAGAAUACACAGCUUGCGCUGUACUGAAUAUAAAGCUUGUCGUAAGCCGUAGUGCAUUUUUGGAAGAGACAUAUAUAAAGAAAUAUGGAUCAACAUGUGUGGAUGAAAUUGUUGACCACCCUCACAUGUCUCUUCCUCUCGUCGUCUAAACUCUUUGAAACAGUUCUUUCUCAGGGAGAAUAUGAGGGAUCCGUACGACUCGUAAACGGUGGAACAACAAAUGAGGGUCGGAUUGAGAUCUACCACUCGGGUGAGUGGGGUACUAUAUGUGACGAUGGCUGGGAUUUGAAUGAUGGCGCGGUCGCUUGCCGACAACUGGGUUACUCUGGAGUCGACCAGGUUUACAGCUAUUCCUAUUUUGGAGAAGGGUAUGGAAGUAUCUGGCUGGAUGACGUACAGUGCAGUGGCACGGAGGCCCUACUGACUCAAUGCUCAAACACUGGAUGGGGAAUACACAACUGUGGUCAUUCAGAGGAUGCCGGAGUUAUGUGCUCACUUAAUGAUGCCGAAUCAGAGGGAUCCAUAAGACUCGUAAACGGUGAAACAGCAAAUGAGGGUCGGAUUGAGAUCUACCACUCGGGGGAGUGGGGUACUAUAUGUGAUGAUGGCUGGGAUUUGAAUGAUGGCGCGGUCGCUUGCCGACAACUGGGUUACGCUGGAGUCGACCAGGUGUAUGGUGCAUCUGAAUUUGGACAAGGGUACGGCAGAAUCUGGCUUGAUGACAUUCAGUGUUACGGAGGAGAGCUGACAUUGCCAGAAUGUUCAAAUGGCGGCUGGGGAAUCACAAACUGUGGUCAUUCAGAUGAUGCCGGAGUUACGUGCGCACUUCAUGCCGCUGAAGGGACAGUGCGUUUGGUGAACGGUCCUUCCACUUCUGAAGGACGCUUGGAGGUUUACCACAACGGCCAAUGGGGGACCGUAUGCGACGACGACUGGGACCACGAGAACAGCCAGGUGGUCUGUCGACAACUGGGGUUCGGCGGCCACGGGUUCUUCACCACCGGGCUCAUGGGUUACGAAGAGGCUGUAGGACCAAUCUGGCUGGACAAUGUCGAGUGUUACGGGAAUGAGGAGCGGCUGGUCUACUGUAUAUAUCAAGAAUGGGGAUCAAACAACUGCGAUCAUACAGAAGAUGUUGGAAUACAGUGCACGCCUAAUCAUGGUAACGGCCUCUCAGGUUGGGAAAUAGCUGGAAUCGUCAUUGGAUCAUUAGUGGGAUUGUUCUUUUUCUAUCAGUGCUGCCUGAAGAAAAACACCUCAAAACCUCCCUCACCAGAACCCGGUGCAAAUACGGAAAACCCUUCAGGUGAUGUAGCUGGAGAAGGAACAGAGGACUUUGGUGACGUACCAAGAGAGAGUAUAAGAGAAUUAGCCCUGACCCACAUAGGUGAUCCAAACUCGAGCCUACCGGACGUUCCACCACCAGCGUAUGAAGACAUCGGGAAGUUCACGUCCUUCAAUAUGCCGGGAUCGGGAGGGUUCUAUUCGCCACCAACGUCUGCGGCAUUCCACCUACCUCCAAGCCAACCUUAUCCACCGUCCACCGCGCCCUAUCCCCCUGUAUCCUACGUAGCGUACCCACCACCACCACCACCACCACCACCACCACCACCACUACCAUCAUCAACCGCAUGUGUUUCCGCUGUUGCGUACCCGUACCAUUCGGGUGGUUCAAGGAUACCAUCUGCACCGCCUGGAUUACCUCCAGCAAGCUAAAACACUAAAUCUAUUUUUAUAAAUGUAUCUUAUAACGGGAUUUUAUACUCAAGAUCAAUGCUCCUCCUCGAUAAAGACUUCCACAUAUGUUUUUAGGAGACGUCCGUUCAUCAGUAGUGCGAAUCAAGCCGUUUAGGGGUGCCGAUCGAAUUCAUGUUGUCCGCGGGGAGAGAGGGAGAGAGAGAGAG